AUGAAUACACAGCGACACAAUCGUCCUCCACCACAAACUGUGGAAAUUGACUUCUAUACACUUGUGCCAUCAAUUCACGGAUGCGCCAACUUCGAACUUCUAGCACAAUUUGCACUUCAAGUUUCGGCAUAUACUAAUCAGGUAAUUACAAAAUUUUCUCUUAUUCUGAUUGAAAUGGAUAAUCAUCCAUUUGUCGAUGAUGCAAAAAACAUUCCAUGCUAAAUCCGAUAGACUUGUGUCUAAUGCGGAAGACAACGUAGACUUUUCAUCUUUCACCUGAGGCACUUUUGCUAUCAGCAUACUUUAUGUGGUUUUAUCUGUAACUCAUAUGCUAAUAUGUUGAACAGAGAACUAGCUUUCACAUUGUGCAAUGUCGCCUUUGUCGUUGCUGAUGGCACAAAAACAAAUGAUUGUUUGGAGCAUGGAGUUGGAGGUUGAACAUAGUGCAUGGG